AUGACGCGCUUCGCGCUCUCUACCACCUCGCUCUUCGCGCACUCUCAUCUCAUCCUUACCAACCAGUGCGAGCUUACACCUCCCUUACAGAACACCGGGGGGUCAAGAGGAGGGUUUAACAGCCCCAACUACCCAGGCAACUACCCCGACAAUGCAGACUGUGUGUGGUACAUCCAGGCACAUGGAGGAAAUCAAGUUAUUCAACUGGAUUUCCCCUUCUUCAGUCUGGAAGGUAGCUCCAACUGCCAUUACGAUGCCAUCUCUGUCUACGAUGGCUCCUCGACCAGAGGCCGUCUGCUGGGGAAGCUGUGUGGCAGACAGUCCUCCUCCUUCCACUCCACUGGAGCAUAUAUGACCGUGAGGUUCCAAAGUGAUAGCUCCUCAAAUUACCAAGGCUUUCGGGCUGAAUACCGGCUAGUGGCUGAAGGAUCCUGUAGAUACAACUGUGGCCAUCAGAUGGGGAACUGUUCAUGUUCCCACCUCUGUGAAUACAACGGCAACUGUUGCCAGGACUAUCGAAAUCACUGUUCAGGUGUGACCCCACAACCUGAAACAACUCCUGAUAUGGAGACUACUGUGGAGCCCACUCAUUGGCCUAUGGACACUACCACUGACAUAGAUCUCUGCAGGUACAACUGUGGUUAUGAUGUUGGACACUGCUCCUGCCAUUACAACUGUCAGUACUAUGGAAACUGUUGCCAUAGCUACUAUGAAUACUGUGAGGUCACAACAGCAGCGGACACAACAGCAGCGGGAACAACAGCAGAUGUCACAACAGCAGUAACAGAUUAUGAAACAGGUCCUUCAGGUACUCAAGCUCAGCGAUCGUGUCGGUAUAACUGUGGCCGGGAUCUUGGAAGCUGUUCCUGCAACAGUUCCUGUCAACGCUAUGGCAACUGCUGCUAUGACUACAGCUCUUACUGUCCAAUGGGCACCAACAGCCCAUACACAACAGCAGCUCAGCCCUCCUGUCGGUAUAACUGUGGCCGGGAUCUUGGAAGCUGUUCCUGCAACAGUUCCUGUCAAUACUAUGGCAACUGCUGCUAUGACUACAGUUCUUACUGUCCAAUGGGCACCAACAGCCCAUACACAACAGCAGCUCAGCCCUCCUGUCGGUAUAACUGUGGCCGGGAUCUUGGAAGCUGUUCCUGCAACAGUUCCUGUCAACGCUAUGGCAACUGCUGCUAUGACUACAGCUCUUACUGUCCAAUGGGCACCAACAGCCCAUACACAACAGCAGCUCAGCCCUCCUGUCGGUAUAACUGUGGCCGGGAUCUUGGAAGCUGUUCCUGCAACAGUUCCUGUCAAUACUAUGGCAACUGCUGCUAUGACUACAGUUCUUACUGUCCAAUGGGCACCAACAGCCCAUACACAACAGCAGCGCCUCACUUGCCUUGUGGAGAGAACAUGUAUGGCUCUGGGACCUUCACCAGCCCUUACCACCCUGGCUAUUACAAUGACAACGCUAACUGUGUGUGGCAGCUAUCGGUCCCUGCUGGACAAAGGGUCUACCUGUCAUUCACCUCGCUGGAGUUGGAGAACUGCUGUAACUGUGACUACGUCGCCGUGUACGACGGCCCCUCGGUUCAUUCCCGACCGCUGGGGAAGCUUUGCUCCGGCGGGAACACCACACUGGAUGCCUUCCACUCCUCCUCCAGCUACUUGACGAUUGUCUUCCGCUCCGACCACUCCGUGGUCAGCCGUGGCUUUGAGGCUCAGUUCAGCAGCUCUCUGCCAGCAAGCACAGGACGGGUGGACUGCUCUUCGGACAUCAUGAACAUAGUGGUCUCCAGAUCCUACCUGAACUCUUUGGGUUAUGAUGGAUACAACAUGUACCUGAAUGACCAACACUGCCGCCCUUCAGUCUCCAGCUAUCAAGUGGUGUUCAGCUUCCCCAUCAACACCUGUGGAACCGUAAGAAAGUUUGUGAAUGAGAGAGUGGUUUACACCAACGCACUCCGGGCAUCUCCGUCUAACUUGGGUGAGAUCUCGCGUCAGUCGCAAUUCAAACUGAACGUGCAGUGUCACAUGGAGAAGGACACCAUGGUCCAGAUUAUGUACCAAGCCAACGAGGUUUCCAACAGCACCAUCACAGGAUCCGGCAGGUUCAAUGGCACCAUGGCCUUCUACCAUUCCAGUAGCUUCUACAACCAGGUGACAGAGGUCCCCUUCAAGGUCCAGCUCAACCAGGACCUGUAUGUCCAGGUGAGUCUGAGGAGGAGUGACAGCAGUCUGGUGCUGUUCCUGGACACCUGCGUGGCCUCGCCCUCACCUCACGACUUCCAAACCAGGUCUUAUGACCUGGUCCGCAACGGAUGUAGAAGAGACAACACCUACUAUCCCUACCUCUCAGGCAGUCAUAGCUACGCCCGCUUCACCUUCAAGGCCUUCAGAUUCUUGCGAACCCACGAGUUUGUCUACCUGCAGUGCAAGGUCAUCAUCUGUCAGGCCUCGGAUUACAACUCACGCUGUCGGCGAGGCUGCUCCUCCCGCAAGGCCAGGGCUCUGGGCUCCAGCCACGACAGCCACACCUUGGUGCUGGGCCCCAUCCAACGUCAAGACCUUGAGAAGGAAGGAGAACUUUCUCAACCAGAGGUCAAGGAUGAGGUGAAGGCCUGAGUAAACCUGUGAACCAGCUCCUCUAAUCAGGAAAACAUCUAACUCAGUAACAUUUGAUUCUUACACUUUAACCAUUUCUUUCUGAAAAAUCAAUAAAAGCAUCCUCAAAAGAC